AUGAGCUCCAACGAGCCUGUCGGUCAAGAGAACAACAUGGUGGAACCAGAUCAGGCCGGCCAGGCUGAGGCUCGCGAGCUGUCAGACGAGGACGCCGACGUGUCCAUUGCAGGAGAAUCGCAAGAAGAAGAAGACUCUGAACGCCAGUCAGGGCAUCAAGAUUCUGAGGGAGCUCAAGAGAGUCCGAUGCUCCCAGGAUAUACACCUUUGGAUGCAGAACAAGUGAGCAACAUGAGCCUCUGCCUUGUAAGCCCUAAGGCUGAUCACGUUGCUAUCUACGCAGGCAUUCCAGCUCGCGCCAUCUACUAUAGAUGCGCCACACCAAUACCCUGCUUGA